AUGGCAUUGAAAUUACAACCUAACAAUGCAAAGGCUCUUAAAAUACGCUGUGAAUGCUAUAAAGUAUUAAUGGAUUCAGAGAACGCGCUCAAAGAUCUGGAUGAACUAUGCAAUCUAGAAUCUGAAAACGAACACCAAUUUGAAUUAAGAGGUGCAAUAUUACUAGAUAUGCAAAAAUGGAACGAUUCGCAAAUAAAUCUUAAUCAAGCGAUCAAAUCACAGCCCAACAAUGUUGCAACAAUUAGCAAUAGGGCCAAAUUAUAUUGUAAACUUCGUCAAUAUGGUUUGGCGUUAAAGGAUACUCAUGAAGGAACGAUAAUCGAUCCAAGAAAUCUGGUUAUCCGACAACAAACUAUGGACCUCUAUCGUCGAAAUCAUCAAUACGGUGCGGCACUUGGUGAAGCUGAAGUCGCAUUAAGUAUAGAUCCCAAAAAUAUAAACACAUUAUUAAUACGGGCCGAUAUAUAUUUCUUGAUGAGAAAGUAUAAUACCUCACUUAUGGACUUAAAUGAGGCGAUUAGAAUUUCACCUAGAAAUUCUUUUGUCUUGAUUGCACAAAGUGAAUUAUUUUGCAAGAAAAAAUAUUACAAAGAUGCUUUAUAUUAUGUGCAAUGUGCUCUUAGAAUUAAAUCAGCGAAUAAUUAUGCCUUGGAAGUCCGUGGGAAUAUCUACAGAAAGCAACAUAAAUACGAGAAAGCACUCGUUGAUUUUAAUAAAUCAUUAGAAUUAUGUCCUUUAGAUAUGAUUCUUGAACAUAAUCAAAAUCAAGGUGAUGAUAUAAUUGAAGGAGGUAAUGAAGGAGGCAACGAUGGAGGUGGUAAAGAUGGUAUAAAUGAAGAUGAUAAAGAUGGCAGUAGUGGUAAAGUUGGCAUAAAUGAAGGUAGCAAAGUUGGCAUAAAUGAAGGCGGUAAAGUUGGUAUAAAUGAAGGUGGUAAAGAUGGAGUUAGUAGAAACAAUGUUGGGUACGAUAAAGGAUUUGUAGUCACUCAUCAAAUUUUUGGGGAAAGAAAUUUUUCCAGCAUUUAUUAUCGACGAGGUGAUACAUAUUGUAAAUUAGGCAUGUAUGAAUUAGCACUUGAAGAUUUCAAUCGUGCAUUAGAAUUGGCAAAUGGAUAUUUCCCUAUUCACAAGAAACGAGAAUAUGUGCUAAGUAAAUUAGAAAGAUUAGAUGAUACCCCGAUUAAGAUAAAUGACAAAUAA